AUGCCGCCGUCACCGCCGCCGUCCGACGAUCUGUUCGGGCCCGACAACGACGAGUACGCGCGCACAGCGCCCUUCAGCGCGAUCACACCCGCGGAAAUCCCCUGCCCUCCUCCUCCCGAUUAUUCCGCGCAUGAUCGCGGAAACCAGGGGGGAGCAUACGGGGGUGCAGGCGGGGGCUUCGGCAGGCGGGGGAGAGGCGGGCGCGGGCGGUGGGGCAGAGGCGGAAGCGAGUGGGAGGAUCGCGGGCAGGGGUACGGCGGGAGGGGGCGGCACUGGGCUGGCGGAGGGGACUACGGCGGCGGAAGAGGCGGGGGACAUGGGGGAGGCGGGCGGUGGGGAGGCGGCGGAGGGGGAAGAGGCUGGGGAGACGAAUUCGGGCGGGGGGCUGGCCUGGGCGGACCUAGAGGCGGGGGGCAUGGGGGAGGGCGCGGGGGAGGAAGGUUCGGGAGGGGAAUGGGGCCAAUGGGGGGGGCGCACAUGGGGGGGCCGCGGCAGCACGUGGGCCCGGCGUUCCAGGUGGUGCCAUGCAGCCUGCCCCACGUGGUGUCCGUGGCCGUGCUGGGCGCGUGUGGGCACCACGACGCCGCGCUCAAGGCGGCGAAGCUGCCCACCCUGCAGAAGCCCACGGCGCUGUGGGGCUUCAGCCGCCUGGCGGACGGCUCCGUGUGGAGCGACGAGCGCUGCCUGCGCCGCCUGCGCCCCGCCAUUCUCGGCAAGGAGGGGCCGGGCGGGUGGGCAGCGGUGGACCUGAACGAGGGGUUCGAGGGGUUUGUGGCGAAGCGCGACGGUGGAGAGGCGCGCGAGGGAGGCGGUGGAAAGGUGGAGGAGGGCGACGCGGGUGGUGAUGGGGUUGGCGGUGCUGGCGGCAGUGGCAGUGGUGGUGGCGGAGGUGGUGGAGAGGGCGAGAGUGGGUUUGCGGAUGUGCUGAGGGGCAUGCGGUGGGUGCUGCAGAAGCAGGUGGCGGCGCUGCAGGCGGGCAUGGCGCCGGACCGGCUGCACUUUGUGACGUUCCGCAACAACCUCAACAAGCUCAUGGGCGUCUGCUACAACCGCCGCGACGCGUGGCAGAUGGGCGUGCACAAGCGCCUGGGGUCCGUGUACCUGCACGUGCACAGGCCGCCGGGUGACCAGCAGCAGCAGCACAAGCCGGAGCAGCAGCGGCGGUUUGAGUUCUACGGGUACGCGUUCGAGCACGCUGCGACGGAGCCAAGGAAAACUGGCACAGGGGAAGGUGGAGGAGGAGGUGGAGGGGAGGAGAGUACGGUGAUAGAUGCUAAUGAGGAGUUCUGUGCGGUGAUGAAGACGAAGCUGGGAGCGCACCGUGUGCUGAUGGGGGCGGAGAUGGACUGCUACGAGUGGGUCAACGUGCCGCAGCCCAACAACGCACCGCCCAGGCCCGAGCGGAUCUUCGUGGAGCUCAAGACGAGCCUGCUGCCGGAGAGCAAGGGGCAGCGCGAGCGGCUUGAGCGCGACAAGCUGCUCAAGUGGUGGAUCCAGUCGUUCGUGGGCGGCGUGGGCGCCAUUGUCGUGGGCUUCCGGGACACAAGGGGGCGCCUGGUGAAGGUGGAGCGGUGGAGCCUGGGGGAGGUGACAAGGAGGGUGAAGGGCAAGGACUACUGGGAGGCGGGGUCCGUGCUCACCUUCACGGACCAGGUGCUGUCGUGGCUGUACGGCAGCGCGCAGGAGGGCGGCGACUAUGUGCUGCGGUUCGUGCCGGGGCAGAGCCGCCUGGAACUGGCUGCUGCUGAUGGCUGCCCCGCACUGACGGUGGGGGGAAGGGGAGGAGAUGGGAGAGAAGGGGCUGUUAGCAUCCCUCAGCCGCCAGCCCCCAUCCCAUCAUCUCACCUUCUCACCACCAGGCGCCAUCCCAUCAUCUCACCUUCUCACCACCAGCCCCCGUCCCAUCAUCUCACCUUCUCACCACCAGCCCCCGUCCCAUCAUCUCACCUUCUCACCACCAGCCCCCGUCCCAUCAUCUCACCUUCUCACCACCAGCCCCCGUCCCAUCAUCUCACCUUCUCACCACCAGCCCCCGUCCCAUCAUCUCACCUUCUCACCACCAGCCCCCGUCCCAUCAUCUCACCUUCUCACCACCAGGCCCCAUCCCAUCAUCUCACCUUCUCACCACCAGGCGCCAUCCCAUCAUCUCACCUUCUCACCACCAGCCCCCGUCCCAUCAUCUCACCUUCUCACCACCAGCCAGGACCCUCGUUUGAAGGGUAA